AUGCCUUUGAGAGCUAAGGUUAUUAAUCCAGCGUUUGCGGGUAGAGCACAGAUGGCGACAGCCUCAGAUACCCCGUCAUACGCCCAGGCCACAGUUAUCAAGGAAUUGGAAGGCGAUGAGAAAGAAGAUGUGCUAUUUAAUACGAUAUAUGGUGUGAGAACGAUCGAGCUCAACAGACCCACAAAGUUACAUUCCCUCAAUGGGUCAAUGAUACGGAAAAUCGUACCGAGACUGCAGGAAUGGUCGAAAUCGGACAUGGCAAAUGUGAUUAUCAUCAAAGGAUCUGGACCCAAGGCUUUCUGUGCUGGUGGAGAUGUCAAAGCGCUUGCUAAGGAUAAUAUGGAAGGCCCAGAAGGUCAAGCCCGAUCUACGGACUAUUUUGCCCUCGAAUAUAAGCUGGAUCACCUUAUCGCAACAUAUCAGAAGCCAUAUAUUGCUUUUAUGGACGGUAUUACGAUGGGUGGUGGGGUUGGAUUGAGUAUACAUGCUCCAUUUCGAAUAGCCACAGAAAGGACGGUGUUUGCUAUGCCUGAAACUACAAUUGGAUUCUUUCCCGAUGUAGGAGCUUCAUUCUUCUUACCUAGGAUGGCUGGAUCUGUUGGAACAUACCUCGCUUUGACUAGUGAAAGAUUGGAGGGUGUCAAUGCCUUUUACUCUGGAAUCGCAACACAUUAUAUCCAUUCAACUUCUUUGCCAGCUUUGGAGAAACGUUUGGCGGAACUGCGAUUUCAGGAUUACGAGUCUCUCAGAAAGAGAGCACAACUCAUCAAUAGCACCAUUGAGGAAUAUUGCACAGGGCUGCCUCAUGAUCAACCAAUGCUUAUCAGUGGCGAGUUGCGAAAGGCUAUCGAUCGCAACUUCAGUAAAUCAAGCGUUCCCGAAAUUAUUGCCGGUUUGGAAGCCGAGGCUGCCACUCUGAGGGAAAAGGAUGUGGAAGCCGGCCUGGUUGGCGUCGAAUUACAAGUUAAGGAAUGGCUUGAAAAGACUCUUGCUACCUUGCACCAACGAUCACCUACGAGUGUUCAUGUGGCACUGCGUCAAAUGCGAAUCGGCAAAGAAUGGUCGAUUACCGAGGCUUUCCAAAGAGAAUAUCAAAUUGCCGCCAAAUUUAUGCGUCAUCCAGAUUUCACUGAAGGUGUACAUUCUCUACUUAUUCGCAGCAAAGAUAGCGAGAAUCCAUCUCCUCCCCAGUGGCAACCAAAAAGCUUGGAAGACAUCAAACCAGAAGACAGAAUCGCAGACCCAUUCUUUGAAGUUGAUGGAACACAACAAAUAAAAUUACUCAGCGAUCGCGAUUUCAAUGAGUAUCCAUUUAAAUUCGGGAUUCCAAGAGAAAAUGAGGUUGCCAAGGUUGUGAGAGAAGGAGGGAAGUCGAUGUUUCAAGUUGUCAAUCACUUCCUCCAGUCAACGGAGGGAAAACAGGGUGUAAAGGAAGUGGUGACCGAGAUCCUUGAGAGGAAAACAACCAAGAGUGAACCAGGACAUCUUGUGUGGGAACUAGAGCAAGUCGAAACUCUCAAAUCUGAAGCGUCUGCAUGA